CGUGGGACUGUUCCACACUCAGAGAGAUAGCCAGGGAGGAGAAAUUGAGCGCCGCAUGAUGGAUCGUCGCCUUUUCUGAAGAGGAGCACAAGUGGAGAUUCGGUGUGUGUUUUAUAUGAAGAAUGGAGACAAUCAUUCACUUAGAGGGCCUCCAUACAGAUGCCGACACUACUGAUAUUGAAGAAUUCUUUAAGGGUCUAAAUGUUUCCGAUAUUCAGAUUGUUCGAGGGGAGCGCGGAGAAGCCUAUAUUGUAUUUGUGUCGGAUAACGAUGCACGGGAAGCCAUGAAAAAGUCUGGCAGCUGUAUAAAGAAUAAAAGAAUUGUCCUUUCACUGAGUAACAAGACAGAAAUGCUCUGCGCAUUUGAGGUCUAUAGAAAAAAGGUGGAAAGAACUCUGGAGGCUGCAAAGCAACAAAGCAGAAAAAGAAAAGUAGAAAUGUUUUUAGCUCAACCUGCCAGUUUGUAUGUAUAUUUAACUGGUAUUUCCCAGGACACGAAAGAAGCAGCUAUCAUAGAUUUCUUUACAUCCUUAGCUGUAGAACAGAUAAUAUUUUGUAAAGGCCGCGAUGGCUCAAAAACUGGCAAUGGUUUUGUCAAGUUUACCAAUGCAGCACAUGCGAGUGAAGCCGUCAGAUUUAACCAAUGCCUGUUGAAUAAUAAAAGUUUGGGUGUAAUAAGCGCCACUGAGGAGCAGUGGGUUAACGCUGGUGGAACAGUGGAAAAAAACUCUAAAAUAAGGGAGGGUUUCACAAAAGCCAUUGCUACAGUACAUCACCCGCCAAUACAUCACCCGCUAAUACAUCACCCGCCAAUACAUCACCCGCCAAUACAUCAGCCACCAAUACAUCAGCCGCCAAUACAUCAGCCGCCAAUACAUCAGCCGCCAAUACAACAGCCGCCAAUACAACAGCAGCCAUUAUAUAUAUACAUAUUGAACCUGCCUCCUAACGUUAAAAAAAGUGACAUACGAGAUCUCUUAGAGGUUCCUCAGUUAGAAGACUUUAACAUUUCGAUUCUGAAGAGCUCUGCAAAAGGAGAGGGAUUUGUAAAGUUGAAGAACGAGUCCCAGUAUCAGAUGGCUUUAUUGGCUCAUGGGAAACACUUACAUGAUUAUCGCAUAUCCAUUCUUCCUAUUUCGAAAAAAGUCAUGUUGGACAUAGCUGUCACAUAUACGGUUACUUCGCUCUCAAAAGACAUGUCUGCCGUCCCAUGUCCACAGCGGUGUAUUCAUAUGAAAGACUUGUUUCCUGCAGCCACAAAGCAACACAUUCAGGAGUUCUUUGAUGGAUUUCCUAUUGAAGAAUAUGAUAUAUUCUUGAAAUAUGAUAAAACCGGUUACUUUUCUGGAGAAGCUCUGGUCAGAUUUCCUACUGAAAAAGUGGCAAAAUGUGCUGCAAGACUGAACAAGGAGUGGUUUAUGGGAAAAGAAGUGCUCUUGAACAGUAUCACAGAGGACCAGAUAAAAGCCUUUAUUGGGGAUGCUUCAUUUGAGCCUACCUUGGCCAAGCAUUAGUAUAAUUUCCAUUGGAUACUUCCUGGGUUUAUAAGAAUGAUCAAGACUGCAAUACCUUCAUGAAGAAAGAGUAGAGAAUAUACACACUUUUUUGAUGCUGAUUGCAAUGGGGUAACCGUACCAGUGCAAACUUAGCACCAUUGAUUACAUCAAUUACCCCCUGUGCAAAAAAGAUCACUUUUCAUCCACAUAGACCCACACAGAUAUUGCCCGAGUACUCAGCAAUUACUGCACACGUACAGAACGCAGAAUUCAAGAUUAUUGGUGCGAGUAAGCAGGUUGGGCCACAGGUCUCGAUAUAAGUUAAUUUUACUUCCUUACUUCUGGUUUGAUAUGAUGUCACUUCCUGGUUGUGACUAGUUUUGUUGUGGCCAGUUGGCCAAGUUGCAGAUAACGCCUCCAUAAUACUCUUUGCCUCUUUAUCCUAAAGCCUGUAGGGGGUUAUGUAAUAAAAGGCACUAAGUUUGCCCAGGAGCAGUAACCCAUAGUGACCAAUCAGGUAAAAUGUACUGGUCACCUGUUUAAAAGCAUUUUAUUGGUUGUUAUGGGUUACUGCUCCUGGGCAAAUGUAGUGUCUUUUAUUACAUACAGGGGAUUAUGUUUAACAAACUUGUGUACCACUGUAAUCUCAAGUUUAUUUGUUGUUCACGCUUAUGGACUAAUUGACGGCAAUCUUUGUAACAUUUCCAUACUUCUAGAUUGAAAGUGGUACCGCAAUUAGUAUUCUUUUAUAAUACACAAAAGCCAUGAAUAUCCUGUAAAUUAUAUCCUUAUAAACGGUGAGUUCUGAUGUCAUCAGUUAUAAACGGUGAGUUCUGAUGUCAUUUCUGUCACAUGACUCACCGAAACUUGUGUAUUAUAAUAAAUAAAGUACCCCCUGUUGCAAAAUAUGAGGAUAUUAGAAGUUACCUCGGAGUUUCCUGACCUUUAUAAAAACACUCGGCCUUCGGCCUCGUGUUUUUAUAUGGUCAUGAAACUCCUCGGUAACUUAUAAUAUCCUUAUAUUUGUGAAACUGCAGUUUAAAUAUGCCACAUUCCUCUCCCUAUCUCAGUUUUCUUCUUUAGCCCUUCCUUCUUGCAAAGAGAAAAAUAAAGAAUU